AUGGCAUCUUCACUCUGCUCCAAGUUCAUCUAUUCUUCACUACAGCCUACCACCCCCAAGCUGACGCAAAAACGGACAGAAACAGACCAGUCCACCCAACCCGAAUCACGACAAUUCACCAAACCCGAAUUCCGAUGGAAUGAGGCUUUGCCAUUCCUUCAGGCAGCUUUGAACUCUUCUACUAAUGCCUCCACCGGCUAUUCACCACACAAACUGAUGUACGGCGUGGAGCUACGCCAACCGUCACAAAUGCUACGUCAAGCAUUCGCCACAGAACAGGAUUUCACAAUCCGUCUCGACGCCGAACGCAGCUUGAGCUACGCGGCUAUGGCAAUGAAGAACUACUAUGAUAAAACUUAUUAG